UCUGCCGAAUUCCUUGAGAAAUUUUUGGGGCCGCUUACUUAAAGGCGACUGUCCGAGAGGGAAAAAACAACAGUUGUUUUCCCAACUUCAAGAGAUAAAGACAUCGCAUUUAGUGUUCUCGAUUUACAUCAACAGUUUACAAUCAUGAGCGCCAAGAUGAUAAUGUUGCUGAUUGUAGCGUCGGUUAUGGUAAGCUGCUCCUUUGCCGCACCUCAGCUCGGUGGAAGACUGAUUGGACUUCGCCGACCAUUAGGAGGUGGAUUCGGAGGACGACCUGGAUUCAACCAAGGAUUCAACCAGUUUGGAAACCAAGGAUUCAAUCAAGGAUUUCAACCUGGAUUCGGAGGAGGUAGCGCCGCAGGAUUGGGCAGCGGUUCAGUGAUCGGUAACCAAGCCAUCGGUACAGGCACUGGUAUCGCUAAUCCAGGACCAGGUGGAUUCGGUAUUGGUCUUGGUAUUGGUGCAGCUGUUGCAACUCCCAUUGGUAAUUUUGCGGUCGGAGACGGACAGAGUAUCUCCGUUGGAAAAUAAACUGGAACCAUAAUUGAAAUUUGAUUGACUAACCAUUAGAAGACCCGGAUUCAUCCGCGCAGGAUCUUGCAAAACUGAUAAUAUUUCUCUUGUCUGUAAAUACGCAAUUCGCCAAUUUUCCUAGCCAGGAUGAUUGACGUUCGCUUACAAAACGCUGUUAUGUAAACUAUAACAGAUAAUAUUUCUCUAAAGUAAAAUAAAAUGAAUUUGAAUCAA